AUGGGCUGUGUUCAAAGCUUCAGAAAAUGCUGUGACCGUCAAAAAAAUACUAAUGUUCGUAUACGUCUUCCAACAGUUUGCUUUAUAUGGCAGAUAGCCAUGAUCAUCUUGUUUGGGAUUUUUAUUCGAUACGACUUUGAAGCAAGUCCAUACUGGUUGAAGUACAAGAAAGAUAACAACAUAACAAGUGAUAUUGAGAAUGACUACUACUUCAGAUAUCCAAGUUUCCAGGAUGUUCAUGUGAUGAUCUUUGUUGGAUUUGGCUUCCUGAUGACAUUUCUUAAGCGGUACAGCUUCGGUGCAGUGGGUUUCAACUUCCUCAUCGCAGCCUUCGGCCUCCAGUGGGCGCUGCUCAUGCAGGGCUGGUUCCACUCCCUGGACUAUUCUGACGGAACGAUCAAAAUUGGAAUUGAAAACCUGAUCAAUGCAGACUUCUGUGUGGCGGGCUGCUUAAUUGCCUACGGGGCAGUGUUGGGCAAAGUCAGUCCAGUUCAGCUGAUGGUUCUGACUCUGUUUGGGAUCACACUGUAUGCUGUGGAGGAGUAUAUUAUCCUGGAGCUCAUACAUGCUCGAGAUGCUGGAGGCUCCAUGGUGAUCCACACAUUCGGAGCUUAUUACGGUCUUGCCAUCUCGUGGAUGCUUUAUCGACCAAACCUGGACCAGAGCAGUCGUCUGCAGGGCUCCGUCUAUCACUCAGAUGUAUUUGCUAUGAUUGGAACCCUCUUCCUCUGGAUGUUCUGGCCCAGUUUCAACUCAGCCAUCUCAAAUCACGGGGACGCACAGCACAGAGCAGCCAUCAACACCUACCUGUCUUUGGCUUCAACUGUGGUCACGUCCGUGGCCAUCUCCAGCCUUUUCCAGAAGCAUGGAAAACUAGACAUGGUUCACAUCCAGAAUUCCACUCUUGCUGGAGGUGUUGCAGUGGGAACGGCAGCAGAGUUCAUGCUGAUGCCCUACGGCUCUCUGAUCGUAGGAUUCUGUUGUGGCGUCAUCUCCACUCUGGGAUAUAUCUUCCUCUCGCCAUUCAUGGAGAAGCACCUGAAGAUCCAAGACACUUGUGGAAUCCAUAACCUUCAUGCCAUGCCAGGACUCAUAGGAGGCAUUGUGGGAGCCAUUACUGCUGCAUGUGCAACAGACUCAGUUUAUGGCAAACAAGGGUGAUCAUAUUUAAUUAUUAACAUGUUUGACUUUAAUGGUGACUUCCACAACAUGACACCUGCAAGGCAGGGUGGUCACCAGGCUGCAGGCAUGUGUGUGGCUCUCUGCUUCGGUGUAGUUGGAGGCAUCAUUGUUGGUUGUAUUUUAAGAUUACCUAUCUGGGGAGAUCCUGCAGACGACAACUGCUUUGAUGAUGAGGUCUACUGGGAGGUUCCUGAAGAUGAAGAGAGCAUCCCAUCAGUCCUGCACUACAAUAACCACGUGCAGAACAAAGACAUUGUAGAGUCAAAUCUCAGCAUGGAGCAGCACUGUCGCUAGGCCUCGAUCCUGCUGGAGGUUGGUCUUUAUCCCACACAGUCCACUUGUAGCUUUUAUUCUCUUGCUGAGG